GGUGAAGGAGGUUUGUCGCUCACCAUGGUGUGGAAGCCAUCUGACCAGGAAAACAAGUUCAAACAUUUUGUAUUCCACUGCAAAUUCAUGUGAGUCAGCCUGGAGCCAGCAGUCUGCCAGAAGUUAAGGACCGACUCUUUGACCUCCCUCCCCCUCUUAGUGCUCCUGUCCAAACGUGCGGGCCGCCCCCCGGCUGAUCAACAUGACAAAGCACUGGCCUGAGCAGAGUCUCUUGGCACUACCCUCUCUGUCCCACCUUGGAGAACAUCCCGACCAUCAACUUGACUUCCACAGAAAUGCGCAGCAGAGCUUUCCUCCCCGUGGUGUAGCAGCGCGGAGCACUCCAGCACAACAUUGGCCUCACCACCCGGCUCAGAUGGUUCCCCAGCAGCAGUCGCGCUUGGAGAAGCCCGCAGCGCACCCCGAACACCUCGCCAGUGCCAAGACAUUCAUGGAUAAUCCUCAAGAUGCCCACUUUAAACAGGAAACUAACACCAAGGACUCGUGGAGCAGUGAACGGGAGAAGAGCAGCAAUAGCGGUGGGAAGAAAAAGAACUAUCAGCGGUAUCCAAAACCACCGUACUCGUACCUCGCUAUGAUUGCUAUGGUCAUCCAAAGGUCCCCAGAGAAGAAACUGACGUUAUCUGAGAUCCUGAAGGAGAUCAGUACUCUCUUCCCGUUCUUCAAAGGAAACUACAAGGGCUGGCGAGACUCUGUGCGACACAACCUCUCCUCUUAUGACUGCUUUGUGAAGGUGCUGAAAGACCCAGGCAAGCCUCAGGGCAAAGGCAACUUCUGGGCAGUGGAGCUGAGCCGUGUUCCUCUGGAGCUCCUCAAGAGGCAAAACACGGCUGUGUCGCGCCAGGAUGAGACAAUCUUUGCCCAGGAUCUGGCCCCCUACAUUCUGCAGGGACACAAGCCAGAAUCGGAGCCACCCCCUGCUUCUGUCAACCCCCUCCCUCCUAUGCGCUCCAGAAACCCCUCCCCACCACAGGAAGAUCUGUUCCGACCCAAGCUGGACUCAUCCUUCGCCAUCGACUCUCUGCUGCACAGCCUUCGGCCACCUAGUGCCUCUGGGGAUGUGGACGUGUCUACCAGGGACUGUUGGGGAAAGGUGGAGCGCCCACGGUCUUCACCACCUCCACGCCCUCGCUACGCCUCCUAUGCCCGUAGUGCCUCAGCCAGCUCUGCCAGCCCGGCCUCCACCUCCUCCUCCUCCUCCUCUUCUGAUGAGGAAUGGAAAGGCAUGUCCCUGUCUGGGAAGCGUGUUCCUCUAGAUGGUGAAGCUGGAUCAGAUGGUUAUGAAGACUACAGACCUCCACUGCAUAAAUCAGCCAGACGCGAUACUGUUGCACCUCCAUGGGAGCUCCCUACCUCUUACGCCAAAUACGCUCCCCCCAAUGCUGUUGCCCCACCAAGCAUGCGGUUUAACGGGGGUCCUCUAAUGCCACUGCAUGGUGGACUUCCCAUUUACGGCUAUGGCGGUUCUCCUGUGGCACCUGGUCACUUCUUAGGUCAUGCCUAUUGGCCCAUCCUCCCCAGUGGACGAGUUUCUGUCCAAGCACCUCCCCUCAUCAUGGACCUGGACAACAUGUUGCAAUCUGUGCCUCCGAAUAAGAGUGUGUUUGACGCAUUAGUACCAUCCAGUCAGAACUCUCACUCACAUCACCAACCACCCAGUCAGUACGGCCUGCAGAAUGGGCCUCCUUUAAACAGGUACCCUCAGUACUGACUUGACUGACUCUGACCUACUGACUCACACUGAGCCAUACUGUCACUCAAAAAUGCAUCAAUACUAAACCACUGUGAUGCAUAACAGGAAGUUUAAUCAAGAUCCACAAAGGAAAUACUGCUUUCAUUUCAAGCUUCAAUCACUACCUCUAGCUCAAGAAAUGUUAUAAUAUGCAAAUGGCUCUGAACUACAAAUAAUGCCAUUGAUGGAUUCAUGUUCUUUUUUUUGGGUGAAGAAUUUCAAAUACAAACACCUUCUUGUUUCUUAUAUACAUGUGGAGUAUUACAUUGUUUCCCAUGGAGAAUGGUACCUGAAACAGCUGUACAAUAAGAAGUAUCUACCUCAGUCUUCCAAUCAAAUGGAGUGUGUAUUACCAGAGGCUCUUUGCACUGCCGAUCAUAUUUGCACUGUUUUUAUUGGCAUGAAUUUGCUUCCUUACACAUGUUGUCUACCUAUUGUGACUGCUGAAUGUAUUGAUGGAUUUAAUAUUGAAUUUUAGAGUCAUGUGAAAAACUAACAGAGAUGAGCUAGCUAGUAGAUGGUACACAGUUUUUUUUUUUUACUGUUUAUCCUGCCAGCAUUUUAAACAAAAUAGGAUUGUCAGGUAAAUAACUAGCAUAAUCUCAGUGGAAACAUAAUUUUUUUCUUUGUCAGGUUGUGUCUGUCCACAGAUCAGUGUAUACUCUCAUUUGUGUUAUUGUUUGUUCAGAUGGUGAAAUAUACAGGACAAGUUGUUAACCGUAAUGUUUUUUCCUGUCUUACAUUUCAGUCUGGACUGUCUGCAUUACUCAUACACAGCUACAAUAGCAUAUGACCUGAUAAAUAGUGAUACUAUAACUUGGCCCUAUGGUUGGCUUUUUCAUUUAAGUGUUUACUAAUGUUUUUGGUGGUGGUGUUUGAGGAUUUGACUGGUUUUCACAUUACAAAAACUAUUUAUAGACAAGAAAAUGGCUACAUUUUAGAUUGUAGUCAAUCUGUGAAAAUGCAGCGUGUUCUCAGGCCCCUGGAGUCGGCCACUAUGCAACCACCAGUAUCUACCUCAGGUUUUUAAUGGACUGUGGACUUUGCACUGCCGGUUAUUUGCACUAUUUUGAUGUCAUUAUGAUCAUCUUCCAAAGGAAAUUGCUUAUAAAUGUCUGCUUCCCUAGACGGGUGAAUGUUUUGUUAGUUUUUUUGCCAUUUUCCUGUGGUCCUGUUAAAAGUUUGUACAGUACUGAGCUGAAGUGAAAGCAGCUCAGAUGUUUAAGUAUCAAAAGAAGGCUAUGGAGUUGAACAGGGUAUGUAAAUAAAUGCUGUAUAUUUUAACUGUGCUGCUCAGUGUUGUAUAUUGCAAUAAUUAAACUGAAACUGCACAAUCUAACAA